AUGGAUCCGCAUCUUCUGAUCCUUCUCCUCUGCCUUGGCUUACUUCUGCUUGCGGCGAGGGCAGCCCGUCGCAUUCUAUAUCGAGCCUGUGUGCCCAGAAGCCCUGCUCUUCGAAGGACAUCCUGGCGAGAUCUUUGCCUUCUUCGAUCAGAUCGGCUGUCGGACUGGCCAGCAUUGGAAGCAGCUUUUGAGACUUCCCGGUACCACCCGUGCUGGUGGAUCACUCGCAAGUCUGCCUUCAGGAUCUUGCCGAAGUGGAAAGGCAUAAUGUGGUGUGGCAAAGCUGCACCUUCUUUAAUGCAUUGUUCUUCCACGGGCAGCUGCAGGUCGAUGACAUUCGCUUUCGUGCAUCAGUGCCAGGAUCGCUGGAUGCAGCAGAAGGGGCUGAGGCGGCUCGGCUGCCGCCGACAGGGGUCACGCAGUGGUCGGUUGCACCCGAGGUUGUGGAUCGAAUUCGUAUGGCCAUGCUGCAAGUCGUGGACCCUUAUGAGGACGGCAUCAGUGCUGCUGCAUGAGAUGGUACACGUGUGGCACGACUCAAGCUGGACAAGGCUCGAUCAGCUCUUGACACCUCACUCUGCCACCUUCCUGAGGAUGUGCGCUGACUUGAACCAAAUGUGCCAGGAGGAGGAGCUUCCCUUCUUUCCAAAUAUCUUCACGGAGUCAUGGGUCCUUCUCGUUGCUGACGAGCUCGGCGAAUUUGGUGUCUUCUGCGCUGGACCGCAGCGAGAGGGCGACUUCGGACAUCGCUGGAUGAAUCUCCUCAAAAGAAACGGACAUUUCAAAGGCAACUUGCUUGGCGACCUUCAGGAGCUUGGCAUCAGCCUGCUGGAUGCCAUUGCGGCCAAGAAGCUCCUCAAUUCUGUUCAUAUACAACAGGCACUGCACUUUGGUUAUGACAGGCUGCAGUCAUGGCGUCGUUUCCUUGCCCAGGCUUGCAUGCAGCGAGUUGCAAGCACGAGCUCGAAUUCCGAUGAUGUGAUUAUACGAGGAGAUUACGUGGUAGCUCGUCAAGCUGUCCUUGCUCAGCUGGCAGCAUGCGGCGGCGUUGAUGCUUCGAUCGUUGCCUCCCCUUGGACUGCUUGGAAAAAAGUGUUGUUUAUUCUGAUAGUGACGGUACCACAUUUGCACCACGAAGCGGUUGGCAUGGGCAUCGAAGAAAUUCGAGUUGUGCCGGUAUGUGGGCUUUGCUCCUGCUUGGCCCUGGUGAUUUUCACUUGUGUUGCACUGCCAAUGUCCAUCAAGUCGAUGGAGCAAGGCAGAAAUUCUGUGCAGCUGCAGUGGAUGACUCAAAGCAUUCUCGACGAGGUGAUUACAGACCCUGGCCUGAAAUUCGUUGGCCUCGGGAAUUACCUCAUCGAGUUUCCUGCGACCUUUAACACGAUGUACUUUAUUCAAGAUGGACGAGGAGUUGCUGGAGCAUCUGUUCCGGAGCUUUUUGAGCCGAUGUUGCGUGGGCCGAUUCGUGCCCGAUCAGCAGAUGGGUUGGAGAUGCUGGUGUCCGUGUCGUUUCAGUGGAGGCUGAGGUCUGACGCGCUGAAGGAUCUCUACAACAUCUUGGGAGAGACCAUGUACAGGGAUGAAUUUGUCCGCUUUGCCCGGGCAGCUAUCAUUGAGUCCUGCUCUUUGUUUACGGCCGAUCAAUACUUCACGGAGCGCACGACGAUCACGGCGAAGAUGCUGGAGGUGCUUCAAUCGAACUUUGAAAAGCCGGAGCUUGGACUAAGAAUGGAGAUCACGGGCCUCCAGCUGCGAGAGGUUGACCUGCCCGACGACUAUGACGACGAAAUUGAGAACACGCAAGAACAAAUGCAGGAGGUUGAGGUGGGCAAAGCUGAGCGUCAGGAGCAGAUCAUCAUCAAGGAAGCAGAGAAGCUAGUUGCGAUUCAGCAGGUUGAAGAGCUUCUAAGAGCAGCAAGAGGAUUGGCACGCAGAGUCGAGCUCCAAAAUGAGGCUACAAUCACUCAGCUGAAGCUGGUGCAGCAGAAGCAAGCCGAGGCAAACUCCGCAAUCCUUCAGCAGUUUGCCAACGAGACGCAGGCCUUUGACAGGCUGUUCGAAGUUAUGGAGAUUCGUGCCCUCGAAGAUCAUGAUGGAGAAAAGAUGGCAGUGAGCCUGUGA